AGUCGCCGAGACGCCGCGACAGCUGAUCACAAGACUACUGUUGACUCCGGUGUCUCUCGGCCGCCCCGCGACGCUUCUCUUAUCUCUCAUGGAUUCCAAGGGCUAUGUUACUUCAGUCCCGGGCGGUGAUAGCUUCCUUGGAGAUUCGGGUCCUGUCGAGGGAUCGCUUCUAGCAGCUGUGUUACCCUAUGUGAUUAUGAUCAUACUUCUGCCAAUUGGCUCCUUCUUUCUGAUGAAAAACUUCAUUUUAGAGGACAUUCUUGCAUACGACGACACCACUGCCAACGUUUACAGUGCUGUCUGUGCCGUGGUUCUGCUUCACAUCCUCCUAGCUCUCUUCAUCUUUAAAGUCUUCAAGGACUCACCUGUCAAAGGCAGCAAACAAGAUUAAUUUUUGGGGGCGGUACUUUACUUUAUACGGAAUUUCUAGGGUAGUGUAGUCAUUAGAUAGAAUUUUAUACCUUUUUUUUUCUUUCAAAUUUAGUGUUUUAUUAUAUUUUGUGAUUUGGGGUAAAUUUUGGGAGUAUAAAAAUGGACAAGAAAGGAGCGAGCGAAGACUCGUCUGUGACAUCGGCAAUUCCUGAGGACGAGCAGAAAAAUUUGACAAUUGAGGAUAUUCUAGAAUUAGGCGAUGCGUGUUUGGGACUGAGAAUUUUAUUGGUCUCAAGAGAAGGCUCGUACAUGGGGGUCGUCAACCUUGUUCUUCCUUCCAGCAGGCGAUUAUCACUUGAGAAGGUCUGCAAUCCAAAAACAGGAAAGAAAAGAGUUGGAUUAUUGACCUUUUUCUUCCAUAACAUCUUGAAAAUAACGGUCGUUGGUGAAGACAGAGAGGCGAGGGAAAGACUUCUGAAGGAUGUUUAUCAGGAAGACCAGAGAGGAAAGCAGCUGCUAAUGAAGAAGAUCGUGCCACCCCACCUGAUUGGAUACGACGCGAAUCAGUUAGAUGAGGAUGUCCUUUUAGGCCGAGUGGAAAACAACCCAAUAAGGGAUCCGGCUGACAAAGAGAAGCUGCCUCCGCCACCGCCAACGAGAAUUCCACGACCAGCUAAAUGGCUCAUUAUUGAUAACUUGGAUGAUGCUUAUGUGAAAGCAUUGGAAUAUAUCAAGAAUGAGAACACCAUCUCAGUAGGCUUGGAAGGUCAGAACCUCGGACGCGGGGGGACCCUGGCCUGGCUCAGCGUGGCGACUUCCAGCAUUAUAUUCCUGUUUGAUAUGGCCAAGAUUGGGGCCGGCUACGCUUUUCAAAGGGGUCUGGGAGGAGUCUUGAGGGAUAAGGCAAUCCUGAAAGUCGUGCAUGAUUGCAGGGUUAUGGAGGAUAUGUUGCAUCACCAGUUUGGCGUUAAUUUGAAUAACGUCUUUGAUACGCAGGCAGCUGAAGUGUAUGUUUAUAUGCUGCAACACCGGGGAAGUGUGCCGUCCUUCGUAUCAGGACUACCAACUCUUCUCAUCAGAUAUCUCAAGCUGUUGCCAAGCCACGUCUUUUUCUCACAUGUUCGGCAGGAAUGUUCGGAGAAUGAUGAAUUGGUGUGGUUUGAGCGACCGUUGCCGUCGCACCUAGCCGAGGGCCUGGCUCGCAACGUGAUGUACCUCAGAGAACUAAGGCUGGAAUUGCUUGACCUUAUUCUCGUGGACCUUAAUCAAGUGACAAACCUGUACCUUGGCUCGCUGCGAGAUAAGGACUCUGUCACGAUCAGUAGUUUGGAGUUGCACGUCGUCCCAGCAGAAGUCCAGAAACUUGGGAAGCGCACUGUAAGCAAUAGUGUGAUUGAUCAUGAUCCUUACGUACACUGUUCACGAGAUGCGUUUAAAGUAGUGCCUCAGAAAAAGUGUUGAUUUCUGUGAAUACGUUGAUGUUACUUAUGCCAAAUAGCCGAAGAUUUAUUUACUUCUUUCAUUGGUAAAGCGAACCAAGUAUACUCUGUCAAAAUAUAUUUGUUUCUUUUGAAAUGGAUGUUGAUGCACAUUCAGAUGUGCCGAGUGCCUCUCAUGUUGCUUUUGUUCUUGUUACCUUUACAAAGAAAAAAAAUUGGAGAAAAUUGAAAUCCACUUUUAGCUGUUGACAUUGUGAUUUUAGUUAUUCAUCGAAUCCUUAAAGCACAGUGCCAAAGAUAUAAUUCCUGUCAAUUUGCACAAUACAGAAAGAAUAAGUAGAUUUUUUUAUAGAUGUUAGUUAUUGUGUGGUUAUUUAGGUAUUGUUUGUACCAUUGUGAUUGUUGCGUGUUCAAAAGUGGAAAAGGUUUCUUACAUUCCAUGUUUUAUUGAUGAAGCUCUUCAGUUUAUUUCUGUUUAUUAUAUUGGAAUCAUAUAAGUACUCUGAUUUUUUUUUUUUUUUAUGUAUUGCAAACUGCUAGUCAAUUGCCUGUUUUGUAUGCAUUAUUCACUCUUAAGUUAUGUCUUGAGACAAAGAUUUAAAAAACUACAUCUACCACACUGGCUCCUAGUUUAUAGACUUUGUACCAUAUUAGAAUAAAAGGGUUUAUGGA